UUAUACAUGGUAAUUGUGUAUGAGGUUGUAGAAUUAUGGGAAAUGCUCAAAAUUGCAUAUGGAGUUUCUUUCAGCAGCCUGGCAAGGAUGGCACACUUAAAAUUUAUAGAUAUUGGUAUUAACCUAACAGACCCUAUGUUUCAAGGAGUUUACAGAGGAAAUCAAAAACACCAAGGUGACUUUGAUCAGAUAAUUGACCGUGCUGUCAAAGUUGGAGUCCAAAAGUUCAUGAUCACGGGGGGAAAUCUUGAAGACAGCAAGGAGGCCCUCAAAUUAGCAGAGUCCAGAGAGGAAUUUUACAGUACGGUUGGUUGUCAUCCAACACGCUGCAGUGAGUUUGAACAGAGUGGACCAGAUCAGUACUUCACAUCACUGAGGGAGUUGGCAACAUCAAACAAGGGCAAGGUGGUGGCCAUUGGAGAAUGUGGAUUAGAUUUUGACAGGUUGGAAUUCUGUCCAAAAGAAACUCAAAUGAAGUAUUUUGAGAAGCAGUUCGACUUGGCUGAGGAAACCAAACUGCCAAUGUUCCUUCACUGCAGAAACUCGCAUAAGGAUUUCCUUGACAUCAUGAAGAGAAACAGAGACAGAUGUGUUGGAGGUGUGGUCCAUUCUUUUGAUGGAACUAAAGAAGAUGCUGCUGCCCUUACUGACCUGGAUCUAUAUAUUGGCAUAAACGGCUGUUCUUUGAAAACAGGAGCAAAUAUUGAAGCGAUGAAGUCCAUUCCCAGUGAAAGACUGAUGAUUGAGACAGAUGCUCCAUGGUGUGGGGUGAAGAACACUCAUGCGGGGGCCAAGCACAUCAAAACUACAUUUCCCACCAAGAAGAAAUGGGAGGCAGGACACUGCUUGAAGGACAGGAACGAGCCUUGCCAUAUCAUACAAGUGCUUGAAAUCAUGGCUGCUGCAAGGAAUGAGGAUCCUGUGGAGAUGGCAAACAUCAUUUACAACACCACUAUGAAAGUGUUCUUUACUGGAGGCUGAUUACUUUUCCUAAAAUAAAUUUUCCCUGACCUAAUUUGAAAUGCCUUUUGCCCUUAAGGAAGAGCAUUUCAUGCUACUGUAACAGUAUAACUUUAGACCGUCCCCUCGCCCCGAACCAGGGACCCUCUGCACACAUCAACAACAGUCACCCACGAAGCAUCGUUACCCAUCGCUCCACAAAGGCCGCGGCCCUUGCAGAGCAAGGUGCACCACUACUUCUAGGUUUCAGAGCAAGUGACGUAACUGAUUGAAACGCUACUAGCGCGUACCCGCUAACUAGCUAGCCAUUUCACAUCCGUUACACUCACCCCCCUUUCAACCUCCUCCUUUUCCGCAGCAACCAGUGAUCCGGGUCACGGCACCAAUGUAACAGUAUAACUUUAUGGCGUCCCCUCGCCCCGACCCGGGCGCGAACCAGGGACCCUCUGCACACAUCAACAACAGUCACCCACGAAGCGUCGUUACCCAUCGCUCCACAAAAGCCGGGCCCUUGCAGAGCAAGGUGCAACACUACUUCUAGGUUUCAGAGCAAGUGACGUAACUAAUUGAAACGCUACUAGCGCGUACCCGCUAACUAGCUAGCCAUUUCACAUCCGUCACACUACUCUCCAAGAGUAGUUUAUGUUUACACCAUCUGCCAACAGGCUCCAACUGCUCAUGUUAGCGCUUGCUGGUGUCAAUCAGGGAAGUCCUCAGAAGUGCCUUAUCACCAACUUUGCAUGGAGAAUUUAGUUAGCAUGGCCUUAAAAUGCCUAUUUGCUCUGUUCCAUCUGAAUGUGCAAUCCACUGUCUCAUCAGCCCAGGGAGUGAUGUUAUAAACUUGAUCUCCACUAUAAAAAUAAUCUAGACAUUAUCUCACAUCUAUUUUAGACUAACAUUUUGUUUUCAACAUCUGAGAAUUUCUAGCUCCUCUGAACAACAGUGUCCUAACGAGAGAGCAUAUUUACUAUGCCAGGCGAAACCGUGCCUCAUUAGCUCAAUGUUAUGGAUGUAUCCAAAUAAAUGUUGCAACAAAACAGUUUAAACAAA